CAUUUCAACAUGGCGGACGAGAGAGGAACACUGGUGGUUGAGCUUCAAACGACUCAAACGCAAAAAUCAUCUUUGUUUAAGCACACUGGCGGCUGUCAUUGCGGAAGGGUCCGAUUUGAAGUGAUCGCUCCUGCUAUGUUACUUGUUUUGGAUUGCAAGUGAGUUCCUUAUGCAUGGUUCAAUUCUACCUAUUACCAAUCUCCCAACCUUGCGCACGCAGAUAGAGGCAGUUACCUUACGGGCCUCUAGUCGACCGCAUAUUUUUUUGGGUACAACAUUAAGAUAAAAAUACUGAUUUUAAUUUACGUGUUUUAUGCUCUUUUCAGCGGUCAUCCUGGGUGGGGAGGGGGGGGAGGUCAACCCUGGGGAACGACCCUGGGGAACCCCACGGCAAAUUUUGCACUAUGGCUUUCACAAAUCCCUUGACACCUAAGAACAAGAUUUCUCGGCAAAAGAAAGUACCCUCUCCCCUGGGGCAAUAAUUGGUUCAAAUGAGUUAAAAGGCACUGCAGAUAUAACAAUACUUCAUACAACAACCUAGAAGAAAAAGUAUAGGGCUUGACUGAACCCUGAAAAGAAAAGAAACUAAAGUCCCAAAGAUUUCCAGACUACAAGACGUGAAGACAUGUCGUCCUUUACAUAAUCCUUAGCUGCAACACUUUUCCAUCUGCCAUGCCUCUGAAAAAUUAUAUCACUAACCCCGCUGUUGGCAGCCCUCGACGCUCCUCUAGACCGGAAAGAGUGAAUCCUGUAAACGGAGGGAUCCGGAAGUAUGCUCUGCAGACUUUUAGUCAACUGACCCCUGAAGGUUGCAUAUGAGAUAUGCUUAUCAACUUGAACCAAUUUGCAGGGCAACUUGGUUUUAAUGAGUGGUGGGAAAAUAAAUUCACUAGAGUUAGGGCUGAUAUCUAAUUUCUUCAAACUGUCUUUAAGUAAGAAAACCGGGCAAACAUUCCCCUCAGAUUUAACAAUAACCACUUUGUCACCUUGUCUAAGCUGAUCAGUCUUGCUUUUGUCUACUCUGAUAGUCAUGAACCCUUCAUAAAAACGAAUAUGACUCAUUCUAAUAUUAAGAACCUCCUCAGAUCUGAAAAAACCCGCAUAGGAUAACAAGUACAAACAAACGUUUCUAAGCUGCAGGACAUUGGACAAAUCAGCUCCUUCCUCUUCUUGCCUCUUUAGAAACUCCCACUUUUUUUCUCCCCCCUCCUCACACACCUCUCCCACCUCGUACUGUCUCAGGCUCCCACCCCACUGUCCCUUCCUCCACUAAGCUGAAAGGACCUUUUCAACAGAUGGCUCUUUUUUCAAUUAUUUUUGGCUCUUUAACAGCUGCAGUAUUUGUACAAAGAAGCAGAACAAACAUUUUAUUGUCCCAGAGGAACAAUUUACAUUGCUACAGGUAUAACUAUAGCAUACAUCAGUAUACGUCAGUUAAUACCUCAGUCACAAUAAUCACCCCUUCCCCCUCCCCCACACCUAUGGUUUAAAGAAAAGUAUAGUAUUAAGUUGAAAUUGAAUUUCGGGAGGAAGGGGAGGGUAAAGCAAUUUGUGACUUGUGGCAUGAAUAACUUUGGGGAGACUAAGUGAGUAGGCAUGGUUUAAAAACACAACGUUAGGCACUGUCAUUCUCUAUACAUUCCUAUACCAUCACUAACAACAACUGGUAAAUUUGAUUCUGAGUCAAGUAUCCUUCUUUCUUUAACUUAAGUCUGGCCCAAUUUUAGAUGCUUUUAGAAUAGUUUAUAUAGGUACACUGGCAUUGAUAUAAUGCAACGUGUGGAAGAAGGACCCUAGCUUCACAGUGUUGAUGAAAAACAAAAUACUAUGUGCACAGAGUCACCUGACUCAACAUUAAAAUUAUUGCCAGUUUGUGAAAUUCAUUUACAAGCUGUUCCACGACUAAUUCCAGAGUAUAUGUCUUAGAGUUGGUGUUGUCUUCUUUUCCUUCAGGGCCAAGAUGAUUUAACUUGCUACACUUUCAAUACACAUCAGGCAAAGCACCUUUUCUGCAAUACAUGUGGAGUGCAAAGCUUCUACAGACCUCGUUCUAAUCCAGAUGGCUAUGGGGUCAUGCCACACUGUUUGGAUGUAGGAACGGUGAAAGAUAUAAAAGUCGAGUUCUGUGAUGGCCAAAACUGGGAAAAAUUCAUUGCCAACAAUCCUGAAAUCCAAGAACAGUCAAAGAAAAAGGACUAAAAGGCAGCAAAAAUUAGGAACAAGGAGACUAUCUAAAUGUUAUUUAUCUCAUUGGAAUUUUGUAGUAAAAAUUUACCUAUAAUAGUAUUGCAAUAGAUCUACAAAUUAUUGUUUAUAGAGGAACUGGUUCCUCUCCUGCUUAUUAAGUCUUGUCUUUAUGUUGGGUGGAGAUUUACCCUUUUUAAGAUAUGCACAUGUUAAGGAUAAUACNAUUCCAGAGUAUAUGUUUUAGAGUUGGUGUUGUCUUCUAUUCCUUCAGGGCCAAGAUGAUUUAACUUGCUACACUUUCAAUACACAUCAGGCAAAGCACCUUUUCUGCAAUACAUGUGGAGUGCAAAGCUUCUACAGACCUCGUUCUAAUCCAGAUGGCUAUGGGGUCAUGCCACACUGUUUGGAUGUAGGAACGGUGAAAGAUAUAAAAGUCGAGUUCUGUGAUGGCCAAAACUGGGAAAAAUUCAUUGCCAACAAUCCUGAAAUCCAAGAACGGUCAAAGAAAAAGGACUAAAAGGCAGCAAAAAUUAGGAACAAGGAGACUAUCUAAAUGUUAUUUAUCUCAUUGGAAUUUUGUAGUAAAAAUUUACCUAUAAUAGUAUUGCAAUAGAUCUACAAAUUAUUGUUUAUAGAGGAACUGGUUC